AUGGUAACGCGCUUGCGGGGACACUUUUUCACAAAGGUUCUCCAAUGCAGGGUUAGAGAAGUGUCGAAUUCGACAAUAAUGCCGAAAAACUUUCUCCAGAAUCCACCGGAGGUAAAAUUGAAAAAAAUCAAAAGUUCAAUUAAUCCAGUUAAGAAAUCGCCUGGUAAUAACCUCAACAUCGCCAGCUCUGCGCUUGUGAACGACAUGCAAACUGAAGACCGUACGCAAGAUGCCUCCGGCAAUGUUACAGAGAAAUCAGGAGUCAAUGUCGCAUAUUUGGACACGCCUAUUAAGUCACAGAAUGACAAGAAGGAGUACAGGGUAAUUCAAUUAGAAAAUGGCUUGACAGCUUUGUUGAUUGCUGAUGUACCUACUCUGGACUCUGAAGGUGAUGGUAAUGAAGUAAAAGUGGGAGCAGUACCUAGUGAAAAUGAAGACGAUGAAAAUGAUGAGGAGACUGAGAGUGAGGAUGAUGAUGAAAGUGAUAAAGAUCAGGAUGAUGAGGAUUCGGAAGAUGAUCAAUCAGAAGAGGAUAGAUCAGAUGCUGAGGGUUCAUCCAAUUGCUCCAAACGGUUAAAAAGAGAAGAAAAAAUGGCAGCAUGUGGUUUAUCUGUUGGUGUGGGAAGCUUCAGCGAUCCACCAGAAAUUCCUGGUUUGGCACAUUUCCUGGAGCACAUGGUCUUUAUGGGAUCCGAAAAAUAUCCACAGGAGAAUGACUUUGAUGUAUUUAUUAAAAAAAGGGGAGGUUCGGACAAUGCCUCCACUGAAUGUGAAUUAACAACAUUUUACUUUGAAGUACAAGAAAAGCACCUUUUAUCUGCACUUGAUCGAUUUGCUCAAUUUUUUAUUAAACCCUUGAUGAAGAAAGAUGCUAUAACUAGAGAAAGGGAAGCUGUAGAGAGCGAGUUUCAGAUGGCCUUACCCUCCGACGAUUAUAGAAAAGAGCAGUUGUUUUGUAGUUUCGCGAAAUCCAAUCACCCAGCGACAAAAUUUACGUGGGGCAACCUGGUAACAUUGCGAGACAAUAUAGAGGAUGAAAAGUUGUACAAGCAGGUGCACAAGUUCAGGGAACGUCAUUAUAGUGCUCACAGAAUGAAACUUUCCAUACAAGCAAGACUACCAUUGGACGUGCUGGAAGAUUACGUGAAACAAUGUUUCUCGGGUGUACCGAACAAUGAGUUACCUCCGGAUGAUUUUACAGCAUUCAAGGGAGCGAAUUCGUUCGACACGUCGGCUUUUCGUAGGAUCUAUAAAAUCAAACCGAUAAAAGACAUUUGCCAAGUAGAACUGACGUGGUCGAUGCCGUCUAUGCACGAUUUGUACAAAAGCAAACCGCAUCAGUACGUUUCGUGGGUCAUCGGGCACGAGGGGAAAGGCUCUUUGAUCAGCUACUUGCGAAAGAAAAUGUGGUGCCUGGAUAUUUACAGCGGAAACGAUGACAGUGGUUUCGUGCACAGUUCAAUGUACGCGUUGUUCAGUGUGUCGUUGAUACUCACCGAACAGGGACACAAGCAUCUACAAGAAAUACUAAACGCUGUAUUCGCGUACAUUAACAUGGUGCGCAAAAAAGGGCCACAGAAACGAAUAUACGAUGAGAUUAGUAAGAUAGAAGAGACGAGCUUCAGAUUCGCAGACGAAGAACCACCUGCAGAGUAUGUGGAGGAUUUAUGCGAGAACAUGCACUAUUAUCCUCCUCAAGAUUACAUAACUGGCAACAAUUUGUAUUACGAGUACAAUCCCGAGGCCAUACAGGCGUGCAUGGAGUAUUUAACGCCAGACGACGUGAACAUCAUCAUUUUCGAUAAGAAAUUCGACGACAAAGAAUUCGAAAAAGUCGAGCCGUGGUUCAAGACCAAAUACACGGACAUGGAGAUACCAAAGGAAUGGGUAGAGUGCUGGCGUUCUAUCAACCCGUUACCUGAAUUCGAUUUACCAUUACCGAACGAUUUCCUCACCGACGAUUUCAGUUUGAUCUCUAUACCGUCAGACGUGCCCAAAUAUCCCACGAAAAUCUACUCGGACCAGAUAACCGAAGUUUGGUAUCGGCCUGACCCCAAAUUCCGCCUACCAGAGUGCUACAUGAAUUUUUACAUUAUAUCACCAAUGUCUUUCUAUUCGCCUAAGAGUGCUGCUUUAAUGGAUUUGUUCGUCGCGAUACUGAGACAAUUGUUAAUCGAGGAACUGUAUGCUGCAGCAGUCGCUGAACUGCAUCAUCAGAUCUAUGUGAACGACAAGGGUAUCGUUGUGAAAGUGAACGGAUUUAACCAGAAACUUUCGUUAGUGCUUUUCACGAUUGCAAAGUGUAUCGCGGAGUCCUCGACGCUUGUAACGAAGGAACUGUUUGAAGUCAUGAAGGAGAAGCAAAUUAAGGAUUAUUAUAAUAGAUUCUUGAAACCUGGUAAACUACUGAAAGACGUAAGACUGUCUAUUUUAAUACUGGUUUACUGGUCAGCCAUUGACAAGCACGCGGCCAUCAACGACGUUGAUUUCCAUGAAUUUCAAAAUUUCGUUAAGUGCUUCACCGAUCACAUUUAUAUCCAGACCUUGGUGCAGGGCAACAUGACAAAGGAGGACGUUGUUAGGAACGUGCACGAAUUCGUCAAGACUUUGAAAUGCGGGUCAUUGUUGCCUAACACUAUGCCACAGAUCAGAGUUACUCAAAUACCCGUGGGUUCUAAUUAUUGUAAAGUAAGGAACUUCAAUGCGACAGACGUGAACUCUGUCGUAACGAAUUACUAUCAGUCUGGUGUGGCAACUAUCAAACUAUCGGUCAUAAUUGAACUCCUGAUUAUGAUCAUGGAGGAACCUCUGUUCAAUCGACUGAGAACACAGGAGCAACUCGGUUACGAUGUCUUCUGCGUUCAGAAAGACAUUUUUGGCAUCCUCGGCUACGCCGUCACGGUCUGCACUCAAGCAGACAAAUAUUCUACGGAACACGUGGAUGGCAGGAUCGAGGCUUUCUUGAAGGCCUUCAAUAAAAUCCUGAACGAGACCACCGUGGAGGAUCUAGAGAACGUAAAGGAAGCACUGACAAAGCAGAAACAAUGCGCUGACAUACUUCUGAAGGAGGAGGUCAGCAGAAACUGGGAGGAGAUCACGACAGAAGAUUAUAUGUUCGACAGAAUCGAAAAUGAACUGAUUAUGAUUGAGCAUAUCAAGAUCGACGAGCUCAGAGACUGGAUGAACUCUCACACAAUUAAUGGAAGUAAUUUGAGAAAGCUGAGUGUGCAUGUAGUAGGUGCUUCUAAGCCAACAAACAAUGAAAAUAAUGAGAACGUUGUGUCAUCUACAGACAAAAAAGAUUGUAAGUGCAGUGACACAAAGGCUGAGAGAACUCCAAACAUGAAGUACCCACUUUGUUAUAUAACGCCUCCCACGGAGACCCAAAAUAGUACGGAUUUAGUAAAUUAUAUCACCGACGUGGAAGAGUACAAAAGCCGUUUAUACAGUUAUCCUAUACAUCACAUUGCCUUAUGAUACUGAAUUCUAUUAAUUAUCGAUAUACAGGAAAGCAUUUAUCCACUCUGUCUAAGUAAUAACAAAAUGAAAUAAAGCUGCAAUCAU